AUGGCUCGUGGAAAGGAGCGGACGGAGCAAAAAGAGCAGACAAAUCCAUUUCUGAAAGACGUUCCUCGAUCACUGCCUCUGCAGCAGCAGCAGAAGCAACUAGUCGAUACAAACAAUGACUCCCCUCAGACUCACCUCAACCCAUUCCUCGAUCCCAAUCUCCAGGACCCAUUCAGCGAUGGUCUUUCUCCCUCCGACCGAAAUGUCAUGAUAGGUUUGACAGUACCAUAUCUCGAUUCAUCAUAUCGACCAAAGGAAACCGAUGGCACAGGUGACCAACACACACCACUCACACCCUCCAUAAUCGUAACACCAGCCCGUGAAGAUGCGCCAUGGUCAGCACCCAUUCCAGAAACCCUACGUCCACGCGCAGCAUCCAGCAUCUACUCCCGACCGAUCUCUCGAGUAGUGGGAAAUGAAUCAAAUAUACCACCAGUCCCAGCCAUCCCCGAGGCACACAAGAAAGGCCUCGGCUCGGAUUUCCUGAGCGCCCAUUUAAACGCAAUGACAAGAAAGCACCGCUCAAUGUCCGCCGAUACAAUCUUCGAAGACGCAGACGUGAGCAGUCCCGAAGACUCACACCCUCGAGGACAUUCACAUGUAUCCAUCGACGACAACAACCAAGUCCCCCUCGCCAGUCGCCUCAGUGUCAACACUCAAGCAAGUCGUCCCGAAUCGCAAGGAUGGUGGACAUACCUCCUUCUCCCCACUCCUCAGCAAGAAGUCACCAUUCAGUCCGAGCUUUCCUCGCGAUGCACUGGUUUCCCCAUCAACGAAGAGUACACGGGAAUGGUGGGACGAGAAGGAGAAAGAGACCUCCCACUUUUCACCAGAUACCCCGCAAACAGCAGUGAUAAACUGGGACGAAGGGAACAAGAAUCUCGAACAGUCGCGCUCCUUGGACAAUGA